AUGUCCUCCAAACCAAUCGUGGUCAUAUGCGGAACCACGGGCGUCGGCAAAUCAAAGCUCGGUAUCGAGCUAGCCUUGUCUAUGCUCCGGGGGAGUGAUAAACACCCCUACCGCGGCGCGAGGAUCAUCAAUGCGGACUCCAUGCAGGUAUACGUCGGGAUGGACGUCAUCACAAACAAGGUCCCGCUCGAAGAGCGUGUCGGAGUAGACCAUCUCCUCAUGGACUACAAGCAGCCUGGAGAACAGCUCACAGGCCCAGAAUGGAUCAAGGAUGCUAUGCAGGCGAUUGACGACGCGCAUAAUGCCAACCAAAUCCCGAUCGUGGUUGGCGGGACAUCAUACUGGAUACAGCACCUCAUCUUCCCGGAGCGCAUGGCCUCGCUCGACAGGUCUGAGAACGCCCCUGGACAAAAGGAACUCUCUUCUCUACCAUCGGACAAUUUCAAGAACGCGCUUGGUGCAUUACCACCGGAAUUACUCGAUCUCUUCAACAACCUUCCCGAGCACGCUCCGCGCGCGGAUGAUGAUAUUGAGAUCUCACAUAGGCUGCACGACCUUCUCAUGGCGCUCGAUCCUCUUGUCGCACAGCGGUGGCAUUGGCGGGACACGCGGAAGGUGCUCACGAAUCUCCGCGUCAUCCAAGAGAACCGGCGACUUGCGAGCGAAGUUAUCAGGGAACAGUCAAAGGCCAUCCCAAAACCGAGAUAUCGGACGCUGUGCUACUGGCUGUAUGCAAAGCCAGUUGUAUUGAAGCCCCGCCUUGACGAGCGAGUUGACCAGAUGAUUGAGCAAGGCCUCCUGAACGAGCUACGCACACUGAGAGCCAUUGCCUCUGCCGCGACCAAAGACAACGUGCCACCGCCGGUCAGCGACUCCGCAACUCCCGGAGAGGAGCGGCGCAUGGAUUACACGCUCGGGUACAAGGAGUUCCACGACUAUUUGAGCGCACCGGAGCCCUCCGAACCGGCAUUCCAGGAAGCCGUCGAAGAGAUGAAGUUGGGCACAAGGCGAUACGCUAAACGGCAAGUAACAUGGAUACGCAACAAGCUUUUACCUGCCGUCAGUGCUGCGAACGCUGCAAGCCAAGCUGAAGGCGAAACGCCGAGGGUCUCGGCGUACUUGCUGGACGCCACAGGCGAGUCGAUUAUUGGCCUGUGCACCACUGGAUGA